UUCUCAGAUCCGGUAUCUGUUCCUUCCUUCUUUCUUUCUUUUUUCCUCUCUCUCUCUCUCGCUCAUAUUCUCUCGAGAUUCAUAUCUUCGAGCAGAGCUCUGUCAUUCUUUUUUGACCUUCAUUUCUCUACUUUGGUCCCGCCUCUGUGUGCCAUAUUCACACUCAUUUUCACAUACAUACAUACAUAUAUACAUACAUACAUACAUAAACCGCAUUCAUUCACAUUCACAAUGAAGUUCGCCUCCACCGUCGCCCUCACGGCCCUUCUGGCCGCCCCCGCCCUCGCCGGUCCCCACGGCCACAGCCGCGUCGAUCACCGCGACCCCCAGCAGGGCCAGUUCGGCGGCGCCCCCGGUGGUAACGACCUCUCUGGCUUCCAGGGCCAGGGUCAAGGCCAGGGCCAGGGCCCAGCCCCUCCCGCCGCGCAACCCACCGGGCAGUCCAUCGGCAGCACCAGCAGCGCGGCCGCCCCCGCCGUGACCUCCUCCGUGUCGCACAGCAGCAGCAGCGACGAGUCGACCGACUACGAAGUGAACGAGAACUGGGCGGGCGCGGUGCAGGAGACCGCCCCGGCCAGCGCAUCCUGGACGUACGUCCAGGCGACCUUCACGAUGCCGACGGUGACGCCCACAGCGGCGUCAUCCUCGUCCGACGACCAGGCGGUGUCCCUGUGGGUGGGCAUCGACGGCGCGACGGGCGGCAACUCGAUCUGGCAGGCGGGCGUGGACACGUACGUGCAAGACGGCGAGACGACCUUCUUCGCCUGGUACGAGUGGUACCCCAGCGACAGCAUGAGCUUCUCGGGGAUCGAUUUCUCCGAGGGUGACGUCGUGGUCGCCACCGUUGAGGCGCUCUCCAGCAGCUCCGGUGUCGCGACCCUCGAGAACCUGACCACCGGCCAGAAUGCCACCGCCACUGCUUCGGCCCCGUCCUCCGACACCACCCUCACCGGGACCAACGCCGAGUGGAUCGUCGAGGAUCUGAGCAUCGAUGGCGAUGGCCUGACCUUCAUUGACUUUGGCGAGGCCUACUUCUCCGGCUGUGUGGCCAAGGCCGGGGGUAACUCGUAUGGUCUGGAUGGUGCCGCUUUGUAUGCCGUCGAGGAUAGCACGAGCUCUACCGUCCAGGCUGUGCCGGAUAUUGUGAGCUCCACGGAGUUGAAGGUCACUUAUGAGUAGAUUUGAUAAGAUGGGGAAUGAAAGAUGUGGAUGUGGGAAGUUGAGUGUGGAUUGUUGCCUGUCACUUUCGUUCCGUUUGGGGGCAUCGAGGUUGGGAUAUAUAUAUAUAUUUAGUAUUAUUGUUUUUGA